UGGGCCGGGAGACCUCCAGGGCCUCCCCCGUCUUCCUUCCCCGCCAGGAAGCCGGAAUCUUGUUCACGAUCUUUAGACUCUUUUCUGAUGGUGAAAGCCAAACACAUUCAGCUUAUAUGUGGAAAAAGUUCAGAAAUUGUCACCGACGAGAGAUCAUUAGAUGAAACAACAUAUGAAAAGCUUGCUGAAGAAACCCUAGAGUCAUUGAUGGAUUUCUUUGACGAUUUGGCAGACAAGCCAUUUACUCCCGAAGACUAUGAUGUCUCCUUUGGGAGUGGAGUAUUAACAGUUAAACUAGGUGGAAACAUGGGGACCUAUGUGAUCAAUAAGCAGACACCAAACAAGCAGAUAUGGCUCUCCUCUCCAACCAGUGGCCCAAAGCGUUAUGACUGGACUGGGGGGAAAUGGGUGUAUUCUCAUGAUGGCAUCUCUCUUCAUGAACUACUGGCAAAGGAACUUUCAGUUGCACUUAAAACCAAAUUGGAUUUAUCAGCUUUAACAUAUGCCGGACAAGAACAUACUUGAUAUUAUCUCAGAAAUUGAAAAACUUUGAAGUUUGGUCCAUGGUCUUCCUCACUCACCUAUUUUUGGAUCUUAAUUCAACUUGAUUUUUUUUUGAAACACUUGUUGUUGAAGGUCAUUUUUCUUAUGAAACAAUAUGAAAGUAUUU